CCUUUGAAAUCAUUCGUGAAAAGGAACCUGCACCUGAAGGAUCUGCCGAGCAGUCAAACUCAGCCGAAGAUGAAACAAUUACCAUUGACAUUGACACAGAAGAGCUUGAUUUGAAUCACAACCGUUUGCGGAACAUGGAUGGACUGCAUCAACUACGGAGAAUUGAAAGACUGUACUUGCGUUGGAAUUUGAUCAAGAAGAUCGAAAACUUAGAAUCAUUGACCACUCUUGUAGAGCUUGAGCUGUAUGACAACCAGAUCACUGUCAUUGAAAACCUUGACACUUUAGUAAAUUUAGAAAUCCUAGAUCUAUCAUUCAACCGUAUUACUGAAAUUCAAGGGCUUGACAAGUUGCUUAAACUGAAGAAGCUUUAUCUCUGUGCUAACAGAAUCAGCAAAGUUCAAAACCUCUCUCACCUAGUCAAUCUAACAAUGCUGGAACUAGGAGACAACAAAAUUCGAGAAAUCGAAAAUAUUGAAACCUUGGUCAACUUAGAGCAGCUUUAUUUUGGAAAGAACAAAAUAAAUAAAAUUCAAAAUUUAGGCACCCUGAAAAAUCUGCAGAUACUAAGUUUACAGAGAAAUCGUUUAACCAAAAUUGAAAAUUUAGAAGAGCUGACAGAGCUGGACCAACUUUUCCUAUCUGAAAACGGGUUAACAGAAAUCGACGGAUUGACCAAAAAUCUAAACCUGACAACACUUGACUUGGCUCAGAACAAAAUCACCAAAAUCUCAAAUGUGUCCCACCUUGACAAGCUCGAAGAACUUUGGUUAAAUGACAAUUGCAUCGCUGAUUGGGCCUGUGUUGAUGAGUUGGCAAAGAACAAAAACCUGCAAACGAUUUACCUGGAAAGAAAUCCACUCGCCAGCGAUGUUAAUUACAGGCGCAAAAUCAAGCUUGCUGUACCAUGGAUCACUCAAAUAGACGCCACCUCUGCUAGGUGAUUUGCCUGAAUAGCUGUGCUGCGCAUCCGGGAAGCAUAAGCAAAUCCUACCGAUCCGUUCCAGGGUCUGCUCAAGCAAAAUACAAUAAAGUGUUUUUCAGUUUUUGCAAGGAAAUGUGUAAGACUCGAUUUCUGUCUCCUUAAUAACUGCACUUUCUAUGAAGAGCUUGGUAAGUCUUGCGCCACAUUUCUGGAUCAUCCACAGGCUGAGUUUUUGUGUAUUCAGUAGAGAUUCAGAACUCACACUUACACUUAGCACCAUUCAAAUGCAUAUUCAAGCUGUGCUUAUCGGAUUAUUUUUUUUUCUUUUAUCUUCCAAAUCUUUUUUCCCUUUUUUCUCUUUUUUUGAUAUUGAUGUAUUGUCAUGGAUAAAUACUCAAAUGAUUUGAAACAAGGAAGUAGAGUCUGUAUCUUGUUAGACUUAAAUCCUCUCUUGCACAUAACACCAAAUAUUGUAAUCGUUACCUAAAAAUGUUCCUGAAAAAUUAACAGAUACCACUUUGGAAUUAACUAAUUUAUGGCACGUUCUUUCUUAACAAAAAAAAACUUACGCGUGGAGCAUAUGCCUUGAAUUCUUAUGAAAUCAAACCGGUGAGUCAAAACUGCCUUUCUCUACGACUUUAAAGUCAAAUAAACCCAUGGAGUACAUUGUUCUACUUCAGGUAUUCACGUAUAUUUUCAUGAAAAAAUGAAGGAAAUAAUUAAUGAAAUACAGAAAUAGAAGGAACUGUCAAUUUCACGUGUAUUUUGCUUCUUCGACAAAUAAAUAUUCCUGUUGACA